CUUAGGACAUCGCCCCAAUGGCUUGGACCAAUGAUCGAAGUGAUCAGAUUCUCAACCAAGUCUAUUGAAAGAGAGAUCAACUCAGUGAACGACAACCCUUUGAUUGACGUUUCAAGGAACAAGGCUAUUCACGGUGGAAACUUCCAAGGGACCCCAAUUGGAGUUUCCAUGGACAAUACCCGUUUGGCUGUUGCAGCAAUUGGUAAGCUCAUGUUUGCCCAAUUUUCUGAACUUGUCAAUGACUUUUACAACAAUGGUCUGCCUUCAAAUCUCUCUGGUGGCCGCAACCCAAGUUUAGACUAUGGCUUCAAGGGAGCUGAAAUCGCCAUGGCCUCCUAUUGUUCGGAGCUUCAAUAUCUUGCUAAUCCGGUGACUACCCAUGUCCAGAGCGCUGAACAACACAACCAAGAUGUGAACUCUCUGGGAUUGAUAUCUUCAAGGAAGACUGCUGAGGCUAUUGAUAUUCUCAAGCUCAUGUCCACAACAUUCUUGGUUGCCCUUUGCCAGGCCAUCGACUUGAGACAUUUGGAGGAUAAUCUAAGGCGGACAGUUAAGAAAACUGUGAGUCAAGUGGCUAAGAAAGUGCUGACGACUAGCGUUAGUGGCGAACUCCACCCAUCAAGAUUUUGCGAGAAGGAAUUGCUUAAAGUUGUAGAUAGGGAAUAUGUCUUUACGUACAUUGAUGAUCCCUGCAGUGCUACCUACCCAUUGAUGCAAAAACUAAGGCAAGUACUUGUCGAACAAGCUUUGGUUAAUGGUGAAAAUGAGAAGAAUCCGAACACUUCAAUCUUCCAAAAGAUUGGAGCUUUUGAGGAAGAAUUGAAGACCCUUUUGCCUAAAGAGGUUGAGAGUGCAAGGAUUGGUGUGGAAAGUGGGAAUGCAGGCAUAUCGAACAAGAUCAAGGAGUGCAGGUCUUAUCCAUUGUACAAAUUUGUGAGAGAGGAGUUGGGGACUGGUUUGCUUACAGGAGAGAAUGUUAGAUCACCAGGAGAGGAGUUCGACAUGGUGUUCACUGCUAUGUGUCAAGGAAAGAUCAUCGAUCCCAUGCUGGAAUGUCUCAGUAGCUGGAAUGGUUCCCCUCUUCCAAUCUGUUAGUUGUCAUUAUUAAUUGUUUUUUUUUGUUCUUGAAGUGUCAACCACGCUUUAAAUAAGUGUUGUAAAACUAUUAUUUGUCAGAUGUAAUUUUGAUUCUAUUUUUUACGGUGAUGAUGAAAUAACACCUAAUUUCGAAUAUCA